AUGUGGCGCGCUAGGUGGGACCCCGGUGUCCUGAAGGCCGAGGCCCUGGCCCUGCUGCCCUGCGGCCUGGGCAUGGCGUUCUCCCAGUCCCACGUGAUGGCCGCUCGGAGGCACCAGCACAGCCGGCUCAUCAUCGAGGUGGACGAGUACAGCUCCAACCCCACGCAGGCCUUCACCUUCUACAACAUCAACCAGGGCCGCUUCCAGCCCCCGCACGUGCAGAUGGUGGACCCUGUGCCUCAUGAUGCCCCCAAGCCGCCUGGCUACACCCGCUUUGUCUGUGUGUCUGACACCCAUUCGAGGACCGACCCCGUCCAGAUGCCUUACGGCGAUGUGCUCAUCCACGCCGGGGACUUCACGGAGCUGGGGCUCCCGAGCGAGGUGAAGAAGUUCAACGAGUGGCUCGGGAGCUUGCCCUACGAGUACAAGAUCGUGAUUGCCGGCAACCACGAGCUGACCUUCGACCAGGAGUUCAUGGCCGACCUCAUCAAGCAGGACUUUUACUACUUCCCGUCCGUGUCCAAGCUGAAGCCAGAGAACUAAGAGAACGUGCAGUCGCUGCUGACCAACUGCAUCUACCUGCAGGACUCCGAGGUCACCGUGAGGGGCUUUCGGGUCUACGGCUCACCGUGGCAGCCCUGGUUUUAUGGCUGGGGCUUUAACCUCCCGCGAGGCCAGGCGCUGCUCGAGAAAUGGAACCUCAUUCCCGAAGGCGUAGACAUACUGAUAACCCACGGACCGCCACUGGGCUUCCUGGACUGGGUCCCCAAGAAGAUGCAGCGGGUGGGCUGCGUGGAGCUGCUCAACACGGUGCAGAGGCGCGUCCAGCCGCGGCUGCACGUCUUCGGCCACAUCCACGAAGGGUACGGCGUCAUGGCCGAUGGGACGACCACCUACGUGAACGCGUCGGUGUGCACCGUGAACUACCAGCCUGUGAACCCGCCCAUAGUCAUUGACCUCCCCACCCCCCGGAACUCCUGACUGCCCCUGCUGUCUCCGCCCUUCCUGCCCACAUCAGCUACACAUGCCUGGCAGAGAGCACGGACCCCUAACCCCCCUUCCUUCCAUGCAGACAACCUGUCUGGUCGUGGGGACCAGCCCGACAGAUGGGUUGAGGCCUUGGAAUGAAGAAAAUCACCCCUGACUCUCCAGCCUCUGUCACCUGGAGUCAGGAGCCCGCGGGUCCCUGUCAGCCGCUCUGCGCUCAUUACUAUAUUCUGCGUGUACGUUCCCGCGUGUACCUUGUCAGAGGACCUUCCAAGCUCGUACUCCCGUCCUGCUUGGGAAUUGACGGCCUCUUCAUCCUUCUCAGUCGGACGCCCUCGUGGGUUUGGGAAGCUGCUGCUUCUGGAAAGUUCUAGCACAAAAUCUCCCUCUAACUGAGGGUCUGUGUGGCUGCAAGCCCUGGGGUUGGGGGCGGGUGGGAGGUUUUGCAGCCAGGGUGCAAAUAGCCCGCCCUCUCCUCCUGGGCUGGAGAGGGGACGGGCCUGCCUCACAGCUGAGGCCCUCGAGGGAGCCAUGAGGGGCGUCUCAGGAAUUCGGACCGCACCCGGCCAGGCCAGUAAGCCGUCUGCCUCGCCUUGUGACCCCACUUUCUUCCUGUGGACAACUUUGUGGACUUGAACACUGGCCUGAAUGAACAUCCAGGUUCUCGCUUGGAGCCUGGAUCCGGGUUGGGGGGGGGGGGGUUGGUUCUACAGAACGAACCACAUUGGUGCCCAGGACCAGCUGAAGGGUGUUCCUGAGUCACGGACGGGCCCUGGUCCCGUGCUCUGCAGAGCUCAGCAGGCUGGAGGGUCCGCAGACUGAGGCAGCGCUGCCGCGUGUAUGCGCCCAUGCGGGUGUGCGUGUACUACACACACACGCACGCACGCACGCAUGCACGCACGCAAACACACACGCUUCUUAACUUCAUGAAGCGGAUCUCAUUACCGUCCUUGAAUGGGGUUCCAUCCCUCGGUGCAAUUUCCCGAGCCGAAUGGUUCCCGGUCCUUGUUGGUGUCCGUGUGUCCUGUUGACGGGAGGGUGGCGCGGUGGCAGAGCAGGGCCUGGGCUCCAGCGGCUCCCUGCAGGGGAACAACUUCUUUUUUCUUUAAAUUAGGCCUGGGGUGGGGGGCGGGGUGGGCUGAGUGAGGGAGGUUAGCCAGCAGGGUCUCCUGAGGGCGAGGCAAGAGAUGCAGGGUCCCCACGUGCAGGGUCCGAUUCUGUCUUUAUUUCCAGUUUUGGCAUUUUGCUCAUCAUGGAUAUCGUUUCUGAAUCGAUUCUGAUUUUUAAAAGACAUUGGACUAAAGAGCAUUGCGUUUCUCUCUCCUGCUGAGCUUUCUGGGGCCCCCUCGCGCCUCUGGGAGGAGGGCCUUACUCACCUCAGCCUGGGCGCUGCCCCGGGAGCCAGCACUUCAGGAGCCCUUAGCACAUACAAUCUCAUUUCACCCUCAGGCACUCCUGUGAGGUUAGCACUGUGGGCCCCAUUUUAGAGAUGAGGAGAUGGAGAUCAGAGGGGUGAGGUCACUUGCCUGAGGACGCCCAGCUCAAAAGGGGCAGAAGCAGGACUUGAGCCUUGGUCUCUGGCUUCAUAGCCUCUGCUUUGCCAACACCCAAACCGCCACCCCUGUAAGGCACUUAUUUUUUAAGGGUCUGGUUCCGGACCUCUGCGGCUUGUUUAGAGAGCGAGCCCCUGGAGCCCCGAGGGGUCUCAGUCUCUGAGCCCAGCACCCCAGCCGCCUAGGAGACUGCGACUCCUUCCCUCCUCACGUGGGGCUCCCCACGGGGCGACAGGCACUGUGCACGAGGGGAGGCUGACAGCACCACCGCCGUGACCGGGACCCGCUGUGCUCGGUGGGGGGGCGGGACUUCAGGAGCCCAUUCGGCCGAGUGGUUCCUGGCGGCCGAGGAUGUUUACAAGGUCUCUCGGGAGCCCCAGAUGCAUGGUGUGUGCGCACGCGCGGGGAGAAGAAGACCCAGGGCCCUUUCAGACACCUCUACCGGAUAUCUAUGCGGACCAAGCACUAUAAACUUGAAAACAAUUUUUUCCUAAGGUAUCUUCAGAAUAUGGUGUAUUUUUAUGUGGAAAAGAAAAGUUAUGAAGGCAGCUGUUACUUUGAAAGAAAAUUCAUUAAAAGUCCUUGAGGUAUGAAAGAUGAUGGCGUGCUCCUCAAUCAUUUUGGCAUAACUUGAUUGUGGCUGUAAUUUUUUUUGUCAAGCAUGUCAGACAAUAAAGUCUUUGUAAAAAGAAA